AUGACGAACGUCUCUGUCGAUCUUCCAACCGAUAGUUCUGUAAUAGUAUGUGAUAAUGGUUCUUAUUCAUUGAAAUUUGGUUUUGCGAGUGAACAUUUACCUCAAAUAUUAAUUCCGACUAUACAUGGAAAACAACGGAAAGAACUUGCCAUGCUGGGAUCUUCGCAGAGGUCCAUCUAUGGUGGUCAGUUUUGUUAUGAUAACCAAGGUAUUUUGGAAACCAGUGGACCAAUUGAGAAUUGCCUCAUUACUGAUUGGGAUGCUAUGGAAGACAUUUGGUUUCAUAUGUUCUACGAACAUUUGUUGAUACCACCGGAAAAUUAUGCAAUUCUACUCACCGAGCCGGUUCACAAUCCAAUUCAUAGUCGUGAAAAACUCUUUGAGAUCAUGUUCGAAGUGUUCAAYGUGCCUAAGAUGUCGUUAGUAAACAAGUCGUCACUUGCUCUGUACAGCGUCGGCAAGACCACUGGCCUGGUGGUCGAUUCCGGGUACCAUAGCACACAAAUCGUUCCCAUUUACGAAGAAUUUCCGAUUUCACACGCCGUACGAAGUAUGCCAAUCGGGGGAUGGCACUUGACUCAGUUUCUCAAGGAUAUGAUUAACGGUCGAGGUUAUAGAUUGACCACGGUGAAAGACUGGGAAAGAAUUAAACACAUAAAAGAAAAGUUUUGCUACAGUGCUGUAGACUUUGAAAAAGAACUGGCAAAUUUUGGCAAGGACAAGGAACAGAGAUACACGCUGCCAGAUGGAAUGAUAGUCAACAUCAAUAAUGAAGCCAUUCGAUGCCCUGAAGCACUGUUCGAUCCCACUUUGAUCACACACAUGAAUACGGACAUUAAUGAUGGCAUUCACAACUUGGUACAAGCGUCGAUCGGAGAUUGCAACGUCAACGAGUGGAACGAUUUGUACGAUAACAUCUUGUUGGCCGGCGGCAACACGCUGUUCUCGGGGUUUCCUGAACGAUUGAAGAUGAUGAUCGACGAGGUGUCGCCCGGCCCGGAGGCCAGGAUCACCACACCACCUAAUCAAAAAUAUACCCUUAAAGAUAUUCCAUGUGAAUCUACCUUAAGAAACACCCAUUUAAGUGAAUGUUACGAAGAAACAAUUGAUAAAAUUAGAAAAAAUGUCUUUGGGAAUAAAAUUUGGGUAUCUAUCAAUGAAAGUACAGAAAUCGAAGAUAGAUUUAUUGCGAACCUAGAUGGAAUCUGGCACGAUGACAAACUUUUAUUUAAAAGUGAUGCUGCCCCGUAUAUGAAAAAAGCUGGUACGGCUAUUAGGUAA